AUGACUUUACAAGAAUACAUGCCAUCACUGGAAAAGCUUCUGGUGAUCACGCUUGGCAUAGAUGGCAUCUUCAUUUGUUCGAAUAUGCCCUCAGAAACUCUUGUGGCUACCGAGGACGUUUACUACUGGGAAUGGGAGCUUGACUUCGAGGACCCUGGAGCUUCGGAUAUAUUCGAUGCGAACGCUGGUUUUGGCGGCAGAAGUACUAUAAUCCCCGACGUGACCGAGGAGACUCUUUCUUCCCUUAACUUAGACGAAAUUUGUUGUGUACGGGACGGCCGCUUCAAAGACCUUACUCCUGCAUGGAAUAUGGCGAGGCCCCAGCCAAAUGUAAAAGCCCCGCUCGAAUUUGAACCACACUGUUUGCGUCGAUGCUAUACAUCGAAUCUCGUAAACUAUGAGGCAAUUAACGGCACAUGGACUGACCUUGCCUUCUCGCCGCAACGUAUCGAGGAACUACUGAGUAUGACUGAUUUCGAUGAAUUCAAUUUUGCGUUGGAAGACCUGCACUUCUGGUUUCCCACGUCAGUCUGGGGGGAUAUUUCAUCGCUAUUAGCUCCAAACGGUACGUUAACAGAGAAUUUCUCUUCUGAAUUCCUCUAA